GACAAGUACUCUCACUCCAUUCCAAUGCAAAGAUUGUGAUUAAGUUAGAACCAGAGAAAGAAAAAUGGCAAACCAAAACAGAGAAGAAGUAGUUUGCGUAACCGGAGCAAACGGUUUCAUCGGAACAUGGCUAGUAAAAACCCUACUAGAAAAACAAACCCCACGCUACAAAAUCAACGCCACAAUCUUCCCUAAUUCCGAUCCAUCUCAUCUCUUCACACUCCAUCCGGAAGCCCAAUCUCGCAUCACAAUUUUCCCUGUCAACAUUCUCGACUCCACCGCUGUCUCCUCCGCCAUCAAAAACUGCUCCGGCGUCUUUCAUGUCGCAUCCCCAUGUACCCUCGAAGAUCCAACCGAUCCACAAAAGGAGCUUCUAGAACCUGCUGUACAAGGAACCCUAAAUGUUCUAGAAGCAUCCAAGCGCGCCGGUGUUAAGCGUGUCGUUCUCACUUCCUCGAUUUCGGCAAUGGUACCAAACCCUAAUUGGCCGGAGAAAAAGGCGAUCGAUGAGACGUCGUGGACGGAUGUUGAGUACUGUAAAUUGAGGGGGAAGUGGUAUCCGGUGUCGAAGACCGAGGCGGAGAAGGCGGCGUGGGAAUUUCGAGAGAAAAAUGAUGGUAUUGAUGUGGUGGCAGUUCAUCCAGGGACUUGUUUGGGAGAGUUGAUACAGAAGGAGAUGAAUGCAAGUUCGGCGGUGUUGCAGAGGUUGAUGAAAGGGAGUGAGGAUACUCAAGAGUGUUAUUGGUUGGGGGCUGUUCAUGUUAAAGAUGUUGCUAAAGCUCAUGUUUUGGUUUAUGAAACUCCAACUGCUGCUGGUAGAUAUCUCUGUGUUAAUGGGAUAUAUCAGUUUUCUAGUUUUGCUAAAGUUGUCUCUGAAUUGUAUCCUGAUUUUCCUAUUCACAGGUUCCCAGAUGAAACUCAACCUGGUUUGACACCAUGUAAAGAUGCAGCAAGGAGGCUAAUAGACUUGGGAUUAGUCUUCACACCAAUCCAAGAUGCUAUUAGAGAAGCAGCAGAGAGCCUUAUGGCUAAAGGCUUCCUGCAGAGAACCCCCUCACAGAGAGCCUUAUGACUAAGUGUAUGUUUGGUUUCAAUUCUGGAGCAUCCAGAAUUGAUUCUGGACGUGUAGAAUUGAUUCUGACUUGUUUGGUUUCUCAAAAGUAGAAUUGAUUCUGCCUCCAGAAUUGAUUCUACUUGAAGCUAGAAAUCGUAGCUUCUGAUUCUAGAAUUGAUUUUUACACUCAAAUUUUUUGUUCAACUCACUUUUUCAUGAAUAUAUCCAAACAUAAACCACUUCAGCUUAAAAUCAAUUUUGGCCAGAAUCAAUUUUACAGAAUCAAUUCUGCCAAAAUCAAUUCUCUCCGCGCAGAACCAAACACACGCUUCUUCCCUUGAAGCAAAAUAGUCCUUGCUUCAUUUCUUUUCUUUGAUAUAAGGUAUAAGCAAUAAUGAAUGUAAUUAUAUAUUAUACUGUUCAUCUAGUAAAUAAAUUUCUUUAUCCUCUCACUUUUUUUUUUUGAAGCAAACACAAUCAAUGCUCUCACUUUAUCCUCUCACUUAAUUUUUUAUUUCAAAGUAACUUUCAUUUUCUGCUGUAUCAGUAUCACACUUGUUAAAGUUUUCACGGUGCAGCAUUGAUUUCAUUAAUUUAAUUUUAUGGAUGUGGAAAAUCACCCUCAUUCUUGUAACUGCUAAAAAAUCUACCAGCAUGUUGAAAUUGAAUUUAACCAAUAUGCUUACUUGAGGUUUUUGUAGCAUUAAUUUGAUUAUGACCAUAAGUAUGAUGGAGAAUUUUUCAACCAUUAUUUAAUUUAAGCAAUUUGCUCAUAUUUAAUGAACUCAAGGAAAAAAAACACUAGAAAACUGAAUUACUGAUCAAAUCUCAGAUGGAAUCAAGUAUUAUUGAUAAUAAAUGUCAAACAAUGUGAACUUGACAUGAAAUUCCAAGAAUAAUUGUUGACUAAUUUACUAACUAGUGUGCAAGAUCCGAAGAUAGUGCUCAAGUACCAAGAAGCCAUGAAUGAAUGGAAUUUGCAACAUGCAAGUGCUACAAUAUAAUAUAGCCAAAUUAUAAGGCAUUACAUUCCUUAAACGCCCACACCGGCGCUUCACAAUGACCAAUGUGCAUGCUUAUAUUAUGACAGAUAGAACAUGGUAUUAUUUUAACUUUCUUGGAUCUAUACAUAUAUCAGAAAAAUUCCCUUACCAUAGCAACCUUAAAUUACAUUAACAUGUCCUCUUUUGUGUUCACUUGUACAUGCUAGUCUUUCCUCUUAAAUCAUCGAGAAAGAGAAACAUGGGAAGUGAAACUCAUGACCAGCAAUACUCAAAAAAGCUUCCAUCUUAUAAUCAACAGAUUCACACUCAAACACAGAAGCACAAGCUGAAAUCUUUAAUGCUGAUCAUAUUUACCAACCUUGUUACCAUUUACAUCUUCACAGGUCCAUUUAGUUUCGUGUAUAAGUACUCCUCUAUGAGUACAAGUGACUCAAGCUCCAUUUUGCAGGAACUCAAUUCCACCAAAGCUCAACUUGCUGCAAGCCACACAAUCUUAUCAGAGCUUCAUCAACGACUCAACUCGACUAACUUACUUGUCCAAGCUUUGCUUAUUGAUCUUACUCGCGAACAAGAAAAACAAUCUAACCGUGUAGAUGAGAACCCUGUGAUUAUAAAGCUUGGAAACGAUGAUUCAACUACAGCUGCUUCUACAAUAUCUGAUGAGCUCAGUAUUUCACUUGGCCCUCAUAAGCUUCCUUUCGGGCACUCACCGAAGAUCGGGGCAGGUGAGAUUCACAUGCCUGUUGGUGAAGCCUGCUUGAAGUUUCAUGAGGAGUUAAAACAAUAUAUGACAUAUGAGAUUGGUGGGGAAUGUCCUGUGGAUGAUGUACUUGCACAAGGACUCAUGCUCAAAGGCUGUGAACCGUUACCUCGUCGAAGAUGCCACCCAAAGUCUCCGAUAAAUUACGUUGAGCCAACACCUCUUCCGGAUAGUCUUUGGACAACUCCACCAGACACAAGCAUUAUCUGGGACAGCUAUGCUUGUAAAAGUUACCAUUGUCUUGUUGAUAGAAAGAAUGAGCCAGGUAAUUCAUAUGACUGCAAAGGUUGCUUUGACUUAGAGAAAGAAGAGAAGAUCAAGUGGAUCUUUGAUGAUGGUGGACUUGAUUUUGGAAUAGACCAAGUUCUUGCAACAAAAGCGGCCGGAACGAUUCGGAUUGGACUUGACAUUGGUGGUGGAACUGGAACAUUUGCUGCAAGAAUGAAGGAACGAAAUGUGACAAUCAUUACAAGCACGCUGAAUUUGGAUGGUCCAUUCAACAACAUGGUUGCAUCAAGGGGUUUAAUACCAAUGUAUAUUAGCAUCUCUCAAAGGUUUCCGUUCUUCGAAAACACAUUGGAUAUUGUACACUCUAUGGAUGUCAUUGGCAAUUGGAUGCCAGAUACUAUGCUCGAGUUUGUGUUUUAUGAUAUAUACAGAGUUUUGAGGCCAGGAGGUCUAUUCUGGCUUGACCAUUUCUUCUGCUUUGGUUCACAGCUCAACAAAACUUAUGUGCCGAUGUUAGAUCGAGUUGGAUUCAAUAAACUGCGAUGGCAUGUUGAAAUGAAACUUGAUCCCGGUGUACGAAAGAAUGUGUGGUACAUUUCAGCUCUGAUGGAGAAACCAAUGAUUUGAGGUAGACAUAUAAAUGUGUAUGCUAUAUUGAAUGAAAAAAUUAAGUCUGUUUUUUUUUCAUAGAAAAUGGAAAAAUCUCGAGUUCUUGACUAAUUCAAAUGUUAUAAUUUUCUUCUAAACUCUUCAAUCAAGAUACAUAGUACUUUACUCAUGUGCCCUCAAACACCUUCUCAAUUGCCGGAAACUUGAAAUUCCAGUUGUUGCCUCCCCCGUGCGUGGAGGCGCGUCUGUCAACCCUUCCGGCUGUUUCUUACCAACUAGCUAAGUUCUAACAAACUCUAACCUAACUGUAAUAAUUCAUUCCAACACAAACCAACCAACAUGACUAGAAUCCAUUUCAAUAAUAUGUUCAAAAGUAAUAUAUGUUACAAAAUUCAUGUAACAAAAAACCUGAAAGUAAACAAGAAACUAACACCAAACUUCACCUUCAAUCAUGUUCAAUCUUAAGCUAACAAUAUAAUACACACAAGAUUAACGACGUCGUCACUUUACAUAUCACUUCAACAAGCAUGAAAAAAAAAUCCUACAUAGGUACAAUUUACGCACGUGGAAGUACUAUACUUGAAUCAAAGUACUCAUUAUCAUAAGGAUGCAUAGAACUUCCACUUGCAUUAUAACUAGAUGAUGCUGAUGCAGCAUUCGGGUUUGUGCCAGCCAACAGCAACAUGUUUUCAAUUUCUUUAAAUGCAUAAUUCAUUGAAGGCCUAUUUGAACUUGAAUCUUCAACACAUUUCAUUGUAAUAUCGAUAAAUUUUUCAAAGCUGUUCAAUGAUUCCUUGAAAUCAAUGAUAGGAUCGAGGAUUUCCUUAAGACCAUAUAAUUCUUUUGUCUUGUCAAGAGAAUUCCGAACCACUUUCACAAUAUAUUUCCCUCUUUCUAUUGGCCUUCUUGCAGUUAUUAACUCUAACAUUAGCACUCCAAAGCUAUAAACAUCACUCUUCUCAGUCAAUUGUUGAGUCAUGUAAUACUCCGGAUCCAAGUAGCCCUAUAUAGGUAUAUCAAAAACAAAAAUCUACCAUCAUCACUUAAUUUCGAUAAGAUCUAUUAAGUGCUUUUCAUAUUAGAUGUUACUAAUGCUAAAUCACAACUUACUAUGUCUUCAUAUGGUACUAUUAAUAUGCAGAAGAUAGUACUUUUCAUAUGAGAAAUGAUUUUUUGACAUCAAACGGUGGAUGUCUUUAGAUUUUUGUGUAUUUUUUAAAUGUGUGUAUUAUUGAAAUGUGUGAAAAGAUAUAGAAGAAUAUAAAUACAUAUACGAACCAUUGUCCCUUUGACUUGAGUGGUCAUAUAACCUUUUGCGCCAUCACUCAAAGGCUUGGAGAGACCAAAAUCAGAUACUUUAGCGUUCAAGCGUUCGUCAAGUAAAAUGUUUGUCGAUUUGACGUCUCUAUGAAUGAUAGGAGGAUUGGCUUGUUCAUGAAGAUAAUCCAACCCCCUAGCAGUACCAAGAGCUAUUUUUAGCCUUCUAAUCCAGUCCAAUCUAAUUCCUGACUUCCCUGCAUACUCCACACAAGUUUCCCUUAAAUUCUGUGAGUAUAAAUUUUGUAGAGCACUAUUACCACUCAAACUAAUAAGACGAAGUAGCGAUGAAAACUAUACCUGAAAGAGCAUCUGUCAAAGUACCAUUCACAACAUACUCAUAAACCAAUAUUUGUUCUCCUUGCUCAAAGCAGAAACCAAUAAGACUAACAAGAUUUUUAUGGUGGACCCUUGAUAGAAGUUCAAUCUCAGUUUUGAAUUCCAAUCCUCCUUGCAUUGAUUCAUUUUGGGCUCGUUUUACGGCAACUAGUUGUCCAUUGUGAAGAGUUCCCCUAUAAACCUGUCAUUAUUAUUACACCUUUAAGAGUAAGACACUUGCAAAUUUGGAUAUUAAAAUACUAAGUAGUGUUAUAGGACUAUUUCUUAACUACAGAAGAGAAAUUAAGUGAACAUGCAAGGAACCAUUCGAUACCUUGCCAUAACCCCCAGAUCCUAUAUAAUUGAGUUGUGAGAAUUUUUUGGUGCAGUUUUGAAUCUCUUCGAAAGUGAAGCGCCUCGCACCUUUUAACUGUGGGAUGCUACUAUUGCUCUCAUCAGGACCCCAUUGUUC